AUGUCGGCCGCAAAGCAGCUCCAGCACCGCCGCGCGCACAAUCUGCUCCUCAUCUCAAAGCUGCUCAACAGCCGUGAAAAUGCCUCACCUUUCACCUUGAUCCUCGAUUCGCUGGAGCAAUCCGGGAAGGGCCUGGCCGCAAAAACCCGCGUAGUCUUCGUUUCCUUCGAAACCCUCAAACCCCCCACCGGCACCGACACCUUCAUCCCCGCCGCCCUCAAAGACCCCACCACCCUCCAAAAAGACCUCGCCGCCCUCGCGGCCGAAUCGACCGCGCGCCAAAAAACCCUACUCAUCUUCGACACGCUCCACCCGCUGACGUCGCACCCGUCCACCGCCCUCACCCUCCCGCACUUCCUGUCCUCCCUCCUCUCGCCCACCACCUCCCUCCUCGCCACCUACCACGCCGACGUCCCGCUGACCGCGACCCCAAGCCCUUACGCCCCCCGCCCCCUCACGCUCCUCCGCUACAUCGCCACCGCCGUCUUGUCCCUGCACGCCCUGCCGCACGUGCUCGCGGCCAGGGCGGCGCAGGACCGCAGCGUCGCGGCGCCCGUGUUUGGGCUGGGCGAGGAGAUUGAGGGCGUGGUUGCGGGGAUGGGGCGGAAUGGGUGGGGGGGACGGCUGGAGGGGGGGAGGGGGAGAGGGAGGGAUGACGGCGCCGCGGCGCUGGGGAGGGGCGUGGUGGUGGAGAUGGAGUAUAGGCGGAAGUCGGGGCGGGGGGUGAGGGAGUGGUAUUUCGUGCCUACGGCGGCGGCGGCGGCGGUCGCGGCGGCGAAGGGGGGAAGGGAGACGGCGGUGCUGUUGGAGGAUCAUCCGUUGUAUAGGCGGGGGACUGCCGCGGCGGCGGGAGGGGAGGCGCGGGAUGGGGGCGAGGAGGAUAUGGAUACGACGUUUAAUCUGGGGUUGACGGAGAAGCAGAGGAGGGAUCGGGAGGGCGUGGUGCUGCCGUAUUUCGAUGCGCAGAGGGAGGAUGGGGGCCCCGGCGAGGGGGGGAGGAUUUUGUAUGACAUGGGUGUGGAGGACGACUUUGAUGAGGAGGAGGAUGAGAUCUAA